UAACUGCGAAGUGUUGACCACGCUCACUCCGGACACGGGCCGGAUCCUUUCGAAACUACACACGGUGCAACCCAAAGGGAAAAUUACCUUCUGCACGGGGAUCAGAGUCGCUCACCUGGCUUUAAAACAUCGCCAAGGCAAGAACCACAAGAUGCGAAUCAUCGCCUUCGUCGGGAGCCCUGUGGAAGAUAACGAGAAAGACCUGGUGAAACUGGCAAAGCGCCUGAAGAAGGAGAAAGUCAACGUUGACAUCAUCAAUUUUGGAGAAGAGGAAGCCAACACGGACAAGCUGACCGCCUUCAUUAACACCCUA